UUGCCUGUUUAUGUAGAAUCACCUUUACACUGAAUGUUUCCAUUUUAAAGUUGCUCUCUUACUAUUUUGAAAUAGACAAAGCUUUCAGACAAAGCUGAAAGUCAUAGGUGGAGCACACUGGAUGAAAUUAUCAAUGGCCAGUUUUUCUGGGUGGGUGGUUUUGACAGAAGUUGGCACUGUAUGAUAAAUAAGCAAGCCAAAUCAAAUGUCAUUCAGCCAAGUAUCAAGUUGUGAAACCCAGCUGAGAGAAGGAGGGUGUACCAGGAAGGAGUGUACAUUACCUUGAAUGUAAAGGUAGAUUCCCAGGCCAACUGAUUGCUUCCUUUCACUUUGACAUGAACCAAAACUGAGAUGAUGCAAGACAGACAUAAUACUAAGAAGAAAAGAGCCGAGCAAAGGAAGGAAAAGAGUUCAAGGGAAAGUAAUAAAGAAAAACAUGCCAAAGUCCAGUCUCAGCUAUAGAGGCAACAGCCAACACUUUUCGACAAUCAUGAGCCAGACAUCAGCCCCAACUCAGCCACUCUAUGACAAGCCUGAAGAGAAGAGUUUUGCCUUCGGAAUUCCUGACAUUGUUGUUGUCAUCAUUUAUUUCAUCUUUGUCCUAGCUGUGGGAAUAUGGUCUUCUCUUCAGGCCAGUCGAGGAACAGUUAGAGGCUAUUUUUUGGCUGGAAGAUCCAUGACAUGGUGGCCUAUUGGUGCAUCACUGAUGUCAAGCAAUGUGGGGAGUGGCCUAUUUAUUGGUCUAGCAGGCACUGGAGCUGCAGGAGGACUGGCAGUUGGAGGCUUUGAGUGGAAUGCCACCUGGGCAUUGAUAGUCCUUGGUUGGAUCUUUGUACCAGUUUACAUAUCUUCUGGAGUCGUUACCAUGCCAGAAUAUAUGAAGAAAAGAUUUGGAGGACAAAGGAUUCAAAUCUACCUAUCUAUACUAUCCCUCAUUUUGUAUAUAUUCACCAAAAUAUCGACAGAUAUUUUUUCUGGUGCACUUUUUAUCCAAAUAUCCCUCGGUUGGAAUCUCUAUCUCUCUACAGUGAUCUUGUUAAUAGUGACAGCUAUCUACACCAUAGCAGGUGGUUUGACUGCAGUUAUAUACACAGAUGCUCUACAAACUGUAAUCAUGGUACUUGGUGCUUUGGUUCUUAUGUUCAUAAGUUUUGAGAAGGUUGGGUGGUAUGAAGGACUGCAAGAGAAGUACAGUCGGGCAAUACCUAAUGUCACUGUCCCAAACACAACUUGCCACCUGCCACGGCAAGACGCUUUCCAUAUGAUGAGAGAUCCCAUCACUGGGGAUAUUCCAUGGCCUGGGCUCCUAUUUGGCCUCUCGGUUCUUGCCCUCUGGUGCUGGUGCACUGAUCAGGUCAUUGUGCAAAGGUCGCUCUCAGCCAAGAACCUCUCUCAUGCCAAAGGUGGAUCAGUACUGGGUGGAUAUUUGAAAAUCCUCCCUAUGUUUUUCAUUGUCAUGCCAGGAAUGAUUAGCAGAGCUCUUUUUCCAGAUGAAGUGGGUUGUGUAGAUCCAGCAAUCUGUGAAAAAGUCUGUGGCGCUAAAGUGGGAUGUUCCAACAUUGCCUACCCUAAGCUGGUAAUGGAACUCAUGCCUGUUGGACUCCGUGGUCUCAUGAUUGCUGUGAUCAUGGCUGCCUUGAUGAGCUCUCUUACCUCCAUUUUCAAUAGCAGCAGUACUCUCUUUGCCAUAGAUAUCUGGCAGCGGCUUCGUAAGAAAGCUACAGAGCAGGAACUUAUGAUUGUUGGAAGGGUGUUUGUUCUGAUUCUCGUUGCCAUUAGCAUCCUUUGGAUCCCCAUCAUCCAGACAGCCAAUAGUGGUCAGCUCUUCGACUAUAUUCAGUCAAUAACCAGUUACCUAGCACCACCCAUCACUGCUCUGUUUAUCCUAGCAAUCUUCUGCAGGAGAAUCAAUGAGCCAGGAGCUUUCUGGGGUCUAAUGUUUGGACUAGUAGUGGGAUUUAUUCGGAUGGUUAUGGAAUUCAUCUACACAGCACCCUCUUGUGGAGAGGAGGAUCAAAGACCAUCUGUAUUGAAAGACGUUCAUUAUUUGUACUUUGCUAUUAUUCUGUUUGGGCUCACCGUUGCUGUUAUAGUCUUUGUGAGCCUCUGCACGCCACCAAUUCCAGAAGAAAAUCUUGCCAGAUUAACAUGGUGGACUAGGUACAGUAAAACACCUGAAAAAGACAUGGAGGAUUGCAUCCAUCAAAAUGCGGAGCAUACUCCCCAAAAGGAGAAGGAUUCAGUAAUUUCGUCAUUGGAGGACAUAGAUUUGACAGACAAGGAACAUGGCGAGGUGAAAUAUCCUUUCUGGAAAAAACUUUAUUUCUGGUUCUGUGGAAUUUCUGUCAAUCCCAAAGUCAUUUUAACCAGAGAAGAGGAAGCAGCCGCUCAGAAGAAACUCACCAACAUCAAGGAAGAACCAAUGUGGAAAACUGUUUGUAACAGCAAUGCCAUUAUUCUUUUAGUUAUCAAUAUCUUUUUAUGGGGUUAUUUUGGAUGAUCUGAGUAAGCUACUAAAGAAACUCAAAAGGCUAGGAUUCGUUUAAAAGAACAACACAGGCGCUAAAUGAUAAAAAUGAACAUACCUUGAAGAAACAUGUUAUAAAUGGUUGUUUAGGCCAGUAAAUGGACCACUAGUAAUGAUUUGCAACCCAAGGCCUGGCAUACUUUUAUCUGGUCUUUGGCCUAAUUUGAAAAGAUUGAAAACAAACUAUUCAGACUUGUAGAAAAACCAAUCUCUCCUUUUCAUGUCAGCUUAUAGUUUUAGCUUUUAGUUUUCAAACUCCACAUUUCUGUCAGUAAAGUAAGAAACAGACUUGACUUACCUCAGAGGGUUUUUGUAAAACAAGAUAAACUUCAAAUAAAUACCAAAGGUGUUCUUAUAGAGAUUUCUUGUCAUUGUAUAAUACUUUGUUCUAAACCUUUUUGGCAUGAAUUUCUUCUUUAAGAAAGAGUCGUAUAAAGGCAAUAUUUACAUGAAUUGCCUUGGAGACACAAAACCUUACAUGAAAAAUUCUCAAAAAGAAUUACAAUAACACAGUUGAAAGAACACAUGGUGACAUAAUAUUUUCCAGUCUAGAAUUCACUCCAGCAAAUAUGAUGAAAUUGCUUUUGUCCAUUAUAGCAU